UCAUGGUGACUGGGAGUCGGUUACAUGAUGGCAGAGAGGACCUGCUGAGCCCUGAGGUGUCUCACUGAAAUUCCAGAACAGAUCAUCUGUGGAGACACGACACAAAAUGCCGCGAAAAGGGGAAACGGCAAGAAAAACGGAAGAUGUGGGAAUAGAUAUGGAUGGUGAAGUGGAAAGCGGGAGCGAGGUGGAUACCAAGCCCAGGGGCAGGGGUAACAGAGGGCAAGGCGCUGGCAGAAGGGGCAGAAAGGCAGAGAGCGAGGAGGCAGAGGACGAUGAGGACGAGGAGGAGGAGGCUCCUCGAAACAAACGAGCGCCCAACAGGAGGAAAGCGGGAAAGAAGGCCCAGGACACUGAAGAGGAGAGCGAGGACGCCCCCCCGAAGCGAAGACGUGGCGGCAACAACAACAAGAAGAAAGGUGCAAAAGACACAGAGGACGAGAGCGAAGAGGACACAAAGGGCAAAGGGAGGAACAAGAAGGGAGCAGCUGCCACGGACAAGAAGGGAGCAGCUGCCGCGGACAAGAAGGGCAAAGGGAAAGGAAAAGAUAAGGAUGAUGACAAAAAGAAGAAAAAAGGCAAAGGAAGCAGCUCGGACUCCAAAACCAGUUCCGAGGAGGAGUCCAUGUCAGAGGGAGAGAUGGAGAGACUGAAGGAGGAGGUGGUGGAGAAGAAGACUCUAAUUGCUACCCUAAGGAGCAAGCCAUGGCGUAUGAAGCGCAGAUUGGCAGUUCUCAGAGAAGCCCAGGUGUUUGUGGACAAAUUUGAAGGCGCUUUGGGGAAGGGCAAAGGCAAGAAGUGGUAUGCCUUCAAAGUGAUGAUGAUGAAGAAAUGGAUCAAGUUUUCGAGAGAUUUUGACAAUUUCAAGACAGCAUGCAUACCAUGGGAGAGGAAAAUCAAAGAAGUGGAAAGUCACUUUGGGUCAUCGGUGGCCUCCUACUUCAUAUUCUUGCGGUGGAUGUAUGGACUGAACCUGGUGCUAUUCGCUUUAACGUUCGGGCUUGUGGUAAUCCCAGAGAUGCUAAUGGGGCUACCAUAUGGAUCCAUACCUCGGAAAACAGUACCUAGAGAUGACCAGCCUACGGCUAUGGAUUAUUCUGUUCUUAUGGACUUCAAUGGUUACUGCAAAUACUCAGCGCUUUUCUAUGGGUAUUACAAUGACCAAAGGACUGUUGGGCCUCUGAAAUUCAGACUGCCACUCUCUUAUCUGCUGGUGGGGAUUGGGACCUUUGGCUACAGCCUCAUGGUUGUCAUUAGAACAAUGGCUAAAAAUGCUGAUGUUGGUGGAGGGGAUGAUGCGGAUAGUGAGUUCACUUUCUCCUGGAAGAUGUUCACCAGCUGGGAUUACCUCAUUGGCAAUCCUGAGACAGCAGAUAAUAAAUUCGCCUCUGUUACCACAAGUUUCAAGGAGUCAAUUGUUGACGAGCAGGAGAACCAAAAGGAUGAGAACAUCCACCUGAGAAGGUUCCUGCGGGUGCUGGCAAACUUCAUGAUCUUCUGCACUCUGGGGGGCAGUGGCUACCUCAUCUUCUUCGUGGUCAAACGGUCACAGGAGUUCGCCCACAUGGAUGACCUUGGGUGGUACGAGAAAAAUGAGGUUGAGAUCAUCAUGUCUUUGCUGGGCCUAGUGUGCCCUCCCCUGUUUGAAACUAUUGCUGAGCUGGAGGACAACCAUCCCCGUAUUGCCCUCAAAUGGCAACUAGGCCGCAUAUUUGCCCUUUUCCUGGGCAACCUUUACACCUUCCUCUUUGCUCUGUUUGACGAGGUCAACAACAAAUUGGAGGAUGAGAUGAACAUAAAGAAUAACUCCAUUUGGUUCUUGAAGGAGUACCACGCCAACUUCUCCUUGUACAACAAUGACAGUGAGGCCACUGCUCCCCCCAUCCCCCCUGCUGAUGCCAUCCGUGGACCAUGCUGGGAAACCAGUGUUGGAGUUGAGUUUGUGAAGCUGACUGUUUCAGACAUCCAGGUGACCUACCUGACCAUUCUCAUAGGUGACUUCCUACGGGCCUUCAUCGUGAGGUUUCUCAACUACUGCUGGUGCUGGGACCUGGAGGCCGGAUUUCCAUCAUAUGGAGAGUUUGAUAUCAGUGGCAAUGUCCUGGGACUAGUCUUCAAUCAAGGAAUGAUCUGGAUGGGUGCAUUUUAUGCCCCUGGUUUGGUUGGCAUCAACGUCUUACGUCUCCUGAGCUCCAUGUACUACCAGUGCUGGGCAGUAAUGUGCUGUAACGUGCCCCACGCGAGAGUCUUCAAGGCCUCCAAGUCCAACAACUUCUAUAUGGGCCUCCUGCUCCUGAUUCUCUUCAUGAGCCUGCUGCCUGUUGUCUACACCAUCAUGACUCUGCCGCCCUCUUUUGACUGUGGUCCCUUCAGUGGUAAAGAAAAGAUGUUUUAUGUCAUCAUGGAAACAAUUGAAAUGGACCUGCCAGCCUUCAUAGGAACGCUAUUUGGCUAUGUGGCAAACCCAGGGCUCAUCAUACCAGCUGUUCUGCUCAUGGUGCUGGCCAUAUAUUACCUGAACGCUGUAUCAGAGGCCUACAUGCAUGCCAACAAUGAGCUGAAAAAGAAGAUGCAGAUGGCAAGAGAUGAGGAUAAGAACAGACGGAACAACACGAACAGCACAAACCAGGUGCAGAAGGACUUAGAGGAUUUGCUCCCAGGGCGCUCUUGGGAACCUCCCCCUCCUCCGGAGGACAACACAGAAAAAGGAGGGAGGGCUGCCAGAGUGAAACCAGGUGCUGCAGGGGACGUUAAAGUGCAGAAAGAUUUGUCACUGGCAUCAGCCAAUCCCAACGCUCGAGGGCCCGUGACCAGUGAACCGGCCCGUCGGGGACAAGGAUCACUUCCGGCAAAACCGCGGGGUGCCCCAAAACAGUAAACACCCCCAACCCCCCUCACAAACAAACCAGCUAAUCAUGGAUCCAUGUUGCAUUUUAAGAAACAGUUUGCAUUUUGAAGAGGUUGCUUGGCAUAACACACUUACCUCCUUUUAAAACCAUUAAACAGUAGAUUAGUGAGUGCAGGAAUUCAGGAAUUCAGAUAAAUUCUGGUUAUUUUCACGUUGAAAGUUGGUAUUGUUAUCAUUUAAGUAGAAAUGCCUUAUGCCUGAACAUUCAUUUGCUAUUGUUGACAUACUGUUGAAAACAGAUCAAAUGUAAUAUUACCACUGUUACCCAUGGUGGGAAAGGUUCAAUAAUAUCCUGGGAAAGCAUUGUUUAACACAUCUUCAAUCUAGCGAAGAUGAUUAUGAUGAUCUAGCUACAAAGCACAUAUAUUGAUUAUCUUUUUAUAUUGUGUUGUGAACCCAAUCUUUAUUAUUUUAAUAAUGUUCUCCAUUGUAUCAGGAAGGUCCUGGAAUCCUGAAAAUUGUUUUAUUUACUAUAGAUUCAUCUGCAAUAUAUAUGAGUGCACGUGGGAAAAGAUUGAAUAAAUGUAAAAAAAAAAAAGAUUGGAUUGGGUUGGCUUACAAAGAGAGAUCACAGUGACCUCUCCCAGACCUCACUCACGUUGAAAAGAACAUUACACCCGAACAUGAGGAUACCAUAAUGAACAGAGGUGGUGGCCCCUCCCAUGUCUGGGGUUGAUGAGUUUGAUUUAUUGAAUACCUUGGGUUUGAUUUAUUCACAUGUUAGGCCUGCAAUGAACAAAGAUGACUGUGUCACAAAUUUUCU